ACUGUCCAUCUAAGAUGAGUCUCCCAGAGGAAGAGAGUGUAAGAUCAGGCUCACAUGUGUUCAGCUCUGUGUCUGUGAAGAGUGACUGGUCACAUGAUCUUCCACCAAAAUUCAGUGAGAAAACACCAUCAUCACCUACCAAAAGUGUAAGAUCAGGCUCACAUGUGUUCAGCUCUGUGUCUGUGAAGAGUGACCAUUCAAUAUUUAUACCACCAGAAUUCAGUGAGGAAACAAUAUCAUCUACCAAAAGGGUUCAAUAUGAGAAAUCAGCCGCAGAAUUCCAGACGUACCGCCUCCGUAAAGAGUUCAGUGAAAAUCGCCUCUGGAUCUUCCAGGAUCUUGAGAACAAAAUAGUCGUAUUUCUGAAAAAUGAGUUGGAAAAGUUGAAGAAAAUAUUACAAAAAGAGAACACACAGUACUUUGUGCAAGACUUCAAUGAAGGCAUGUGCAGUAUCAAAGAAGCAGCUCUGGAUAUCACACUUUACUUCCUAAGAGAUAUGAAGCAAGAUAAACUUGCAGAUACUCUAGAGGAUGAGCUCGUCCUCAUUCAUCAGCGACAGCUGAAAUCAAACCUGAAGAGGAAGUAUCAAUGUGUGUUUGAAGGAAUUGCAAAACAUGGUGAUUCUACACUUCUGAAUAGCAUCUACACAGAUCUCUAUAUCACUCUGGGUGGUAGUGAACAGGUCAAUACUGAACAUGAAGUAAGACAGAUUGAGGUUGCUUUCAGACGUCAUGAAUCACAAGAGAUACAGGUUGAAUGCACAAAUUUGUUUGAAGCACCUGAACAAGACAAGGAGAUCAGAACUGUACUAACAAAAGGAGUUGCUGGCAUCGGAAAAUCAGUCUCUGUGCAAAAGUUUGUUUUGGAUUGGGCUGAAGAAAAAGAAAAUCAGGAUAUCAGCUUUGUAUUUCCUCUUCCUUUCCGGGAGAUGAACUUAAAGGAGGAAGAAAACCAAAGCUUGAUGAGCCUUGUAAGUCAGUUUUUCCCUGAGACAAAAGGACUGAACCUUACAAGAAGGAAUCAAUUCAAAGUCCUGUUCAUCCUUGAUGGAUUAGAUGAAUGCCGACUUCCUCUAAACUUUGAGGGUAAUGAGACAUGGCGUGACGUCUCGUCACCAGCCUCUCUGGAUGUUCUCCUCACAAACCUCAUCAAGGGAAAUCUGCUUCCUUCUGCUCUCAUCUGGAUCACCACCAGGCCAGCAGCUGCCAGUAAGAUUCCUCCUGACUGUAUCGACCGGCUGACAGAGAUACGAGGAUUCAAUGAUGAACAAAAGGAGGAGUACUUCAGAAAAAGAUUCACCGAUGAGAAUCAGGCCAACAAAAUUGUUGAUCUUGUUAAACAAUCAAAGAGUCUCUUUAUCAUGUGCCACAUCCCAGUCUUCUGCUGGAUUUCAGCCACUGUUCUCCAGAACAUUUUGGAGGAGAAAAGAACUGAAGACACUCCCAAGACUCUGACACAAAUGUACACACACUUUCUCCGCUUUCAGAUCCAGCAGAGCAGACGGAAGUAUGAUGUUUCCUGGGAUAAAGAUACCAUCCUUUCACUGGGAAAACUGGCAUUUCAUCAGCUGGAAAGAAACAACCUGAUCUUCUAUGACACAGAUCUGGAAGCCUGUGGUAUUGACGUCUCUAAAGCAUCAGUGUAUUCAGGCAUGUGUACCCAGAUCUUUAAGGAGGAUACAGGGAUCAUUCUUGGUACCAUGUACUGCUUUGUUCACUUGAGCAUUCAAGAGUUCAUUGCAGCCCUUUAUGCACAUCUGUUUCUAGACAUCAACAACCAAAGUGUCUUUGAUCAAGACUCCACAGAAAAGGAAAACAAAAGUGAAACCUUGACUGAUUUGCUCAAGACUGCAGUGGACAAGGCACUUGAGAGUGACAGUGGACACCUGGACCUUUUUCUUCGAUUCCUCCUCGGUCUGUCACUUGAGUCCAGUCGUCCACUUUUAAGAGGUCUGUUAACUCAGCAAGACAGCAAUGACCAGAGCUACAAGGAAAUAGUUCAGUACAUCAAGCAGAAAUUAGACUCUAAUCUAUCUCCAGAGAGAUCCAUCAAUCUGUUUCAUUGCCUGAAUGAACUGAACGACCAAACUCUGGUGAAAGAGAUUCAAAGCCAACUUAACAAAGGAAGUCUCUCAUCUUCUGAUCUUUCUCCUGCCCAGUGGUCUGCUGUGGCCUUUGUGUUGUUGACGUCAGAGGAAGAGCUGGAGGAGUUUGAUCUACAGAAAUUCAAGAAAUCAGACGAGUGUUUCUUUAGACUUUUGGAAGUUGUCAAAACCUCCAAAAGAGCUUUGUUAAAUGAUUGUGACUUAACAGACAGAAGCUGUUUAGCUCUGGCUCCAGUUCUUGUAUCAGACUCCAAUCUGAAAGAGCUCAACAUGAACAAUAAUAACCUACAGGAUUCAGGAGUGAAGAAACUCUGCAUUGGACUGAAAAGUAUAAAUUGUAAAUUAGAGAUACUGAGGCUCAGUAAGUGUGAUCUAACAGUGAAAAGCUGUUCAGCUCUGGCUUCAGUUCUCCGUUUGGACUCCAGCAGUCUGAAAGAUCUUGACCUGAGCAAUAAUAAUCUGCAGGAUUCAGGAGUGAAGCUGCUCUCUGAUGGCCUGAAAGAGAACUGUAAACUGGAGAAGCUCAGACUUUCAAAUUGCAGUAUUACUGAAGAAGGUUAUCUAGCUCUGGCUUCAGCUCUGAGAUCAAACCCUUCACACCUGAUAGAGCUGGAUCUCACAGGAAAUGAUCCUGGACAAUCAGGAGUGAAGCAGCUCAAUGAUUUACUACAGGAUCCAAACUAUCAACUGAAGACACUGAGGUUUUUGGGUCCUGCUGCAGAUGAAGCCUGUCAGUAUGUGACUGGAAUUGUGGGUAAAAACCCGUUAAUGCUGAGAGAGCUGAAUCUGAGUGAACAUGAACUAGGAGACACACAAGUGAAUCAGAUCUCUGCUCUACUGCAGGAUAAACACUGUAAACUCAAGACACUGACUCUGCGUAAGUGUGGUCUAACAGAGAAAAGCUGUUCAGCUCUUGCUACAGUCCUGAGAUCAAACUCCAGUCUGAAAGAUCUUGACAUGAGUAACAAUAAUCUGCAGGAUUCAGGAGUGAAGAAACUUGGAUUAGAAAAUACAAACUGCACACUGGAGAAACUCAGACUCUCUAACUGCAGUAUCACAGAAGAAGGUUAUAAAGCUCUGGCUUCAGCUCUGAGAUCAAACCCUUCACACCUGAUAGAGCUGGAUCUCACAGGAAAUUAUCCUGGACCAUCAGGAGUGAAGCAGCUCAAUGAUUUACUACAGGAUGGACAUUAUCAAUUGAAGACUAUCAGGUUUCUGAAAAGUGCUGCUGCACUCGAAGCGUGUAAGUAUCUCACUAAAGUUCUGGGUAAAAGUCCAUUAUUACUGAAAGAACUGGAUCUGAGUGACGAUAAAUUAGGAGAGCUGGAUGGAGAGAAACUCUCUGCUCUUUUGAUGGACUCUCAUAGUAAAGUGGAGAAAAUGAAGCUGAAUAAUUGUAAGCGGACAAAGAAAAGCUGUUCAGUUCUAGCUACUGUUCUCUUCUCAAAAACCAUCCUGAAAGAGAUGAACCUGAACAACAGCCGUCUGCUGGACUCAGGAGUCAAAGAGAUCUGUGAGGGACUGAAGAAUCCUGUGUGUGAGCUGAAGAUACUCAAACUUUCAGACUGCAGUAUCACUGAAGAAGGUUAUAAAGCUCUGGCUUCAGCUCUGAGAUCAAACCCUUCACACCUGAUAGAGCUGGAUCUCACAGGAAAUGAUCCUGGACAAUCAGGAGUGAAGCAGCUCAGUGAUUUACUUCAGGAUCCAAACUAUCAACUGAAGACACUGAGGUUUUUGGGUCCUGCUGCAGAUGAAGCCUGUCAGUAUGUGACAGGAAUUGUGGGUAAAAACCCGUUACUUUUGAGAGAACUGAAUCUGAGUGAACGUGAACUAGGAGACUCAAACAUGAAGCGGCUCGCUGCUCUACUGCAGGAUAAACACUGUACACUCAACACACUGACUCUGUGUGGAUGCAGUAUUACAGAGAAACAGUGUCUCAUCCUGACUUCAGCUCUGAAAACAAACCCAUCACACCUGAGAGAACUGGACCUGAGUGAGAAUAAACUCAAAACAGGAGUGAAGAUCUUAUGUGACGUACUGAAGGAUUCAGACUGUAAACUGGAGAGAUUGAGGUUAAGAUACUGUGAUAUGACAGAUGAAGGUUGUUCUGCUGUAACUUCAGCUUUGCAACCAAACCCAUCAAACCUGAGAGAGCUGGACCUCAGUGGAAAUCAACUAGGAGUUGAAAACCUUGGUGUUCUGCUGAAGAACCCAGAAUUCAAACCGGAAAUACUAGCUCUGUGUGGAUGCAGUAUUACAGAGAAACAGUGUCUCAGUCUAAGUUCAGCUCUGCGUUCAAACCUUUCACACCUGCGAGAACUGGACCUCAGUGAAAAUGAACUAAAAAACACAGGAGUGAAUCACUUAUGUGACGUACUGAAGGAUUCACACUGUAAACUGGAGAGAUUGAGGUUAGGAUGCUGUGAUGUGACAGAUGAAGGUUGUUCUGCUGUGACUUCAGCCCUGAAAUCAAACCCAUCACACCUGAGAGAACUGAACCUCAGUGGAAAUCAACUAGGAGAUUCUGGAGUGAAACACCUCUGUGAUCUACUCAGGAACCCACAAUGCAAGCUGGAGAAACUAGAUCUGUGUGGAUGCAGUAUUACAGAGAAACAGUGUCUCAUCCUGAUUCUAGGUCUGUGUUCAAACCCAUCACACCUAAGAGAGCUGGACCUCAGUGAGAAUCAAAUGAAAAACACAGGAGUGAAUCACUUGUGUGACAUACUGAAGGAUUCACACUGUAAACUGGAGAGACUGAGGUUAAGAUACUGUGAUAUAACAGAUGAAGGUUGUUCUGCUCUGACUUCAGCUCUGAAAUCAAACCCAUCACACCUGAGAGAACUGGAUCUUAGUGGGAAUAAAGUAAAAAACAAAGGAGUGAAGCACUUAUGUGAUGUACUGAAGAAUUUAGACUGUAAACUGGAGAGAUUGAGACUUUCAGACUGCAGUAUCACUGAAGAAGGUUAUAAAGCUCUGGCUUCAGCUCUGAGAUCAAACCCUUCACACUUGAUAGAGCUGAAUCUCACAGGAAAUGAUCCUGGACAAUCAGGAGUGAAGCAGCUCAGUGAUCUACUACAGGAUCCAAACUGUCAGCUGAAGACACUGAGGUUUUUGGGACCUGAUGCAGAUGAAUUCUGUCAGUAUGUGACUGGAAUUGUGGGUAAAAACCCAUUACUCCUGAGAGAACUGAAUCUGAGUGAAUGUGAACUAGGAGACACACGAGUGAAUCAGAUCACUGCUCUGCUGCAGGAUAAACACUGUAAACUCAACACACUGAUUCUGAAUAACAGCGAUAUCACAGAAGAAGGUUGUCGUGUUCUGGCUGCAGCUCUAAAUUCAAAUCCAUCAAAUCUGAAAGAGCUGAAUCUGAGUAAGAAUAAACUAGGAAACUCAGGAAUGAAGAUUAUGUUGACUCUGUUUGAAAAUGUACAGUGUAGACUGGAAAAGCUGAAGUUGAACUGCAUCAGUAUUACAGGUGACGGUUGUGCUGCUCUGGCAUCAGCAUUUAAUUCAAACCUCAGAGAGCUGGAUCUGAGCAAAAAUCAAGUAGGAAACUUAGGAGUAACAGAAAUCUCCAGUGUGCUGAGAAAUUCACAAUGCAAACUACAGAUACUCAGACUUUCAGACUGCAGUAUCACUGAAGAAGGUUAUAAAGCUCUGGCUUCAGCUCUGAGAUCAAACCCUUCACACCUGAUAGAGCUGGAUCUCAGAGGAAAUGAUCCUGGACAAUCAGGAGUGAAGCAGCUCAAUGAUUUACUACAGGAUCCAAACUGUCAACUGAAGACACUGAGGUUUUUCAGUCCUGCUGCAGAUGAAGCCUGUCAGUAUGUGAAUAGAGUUCUGGGUGAAAACCUGUUACUCCUGAGAGAACUGAAUCUGAGUGAACAUGAACUAGGACUCUCAGGAUUGAACAAACUUGCUGCUGUACUGCAGGAUAUACACUGUAAACUCAACAAACUGAUUCUGAAUAACAGCGAUAUCACAGAAGAAGACUGUCAUGCUCUGACUGAAGCUUUAAAUUCAAACCCUUCAAAUCUGACAGAACUGAAUCUGAGUGGGACUAAACUCAGAAACUCAGGAAUGAAAAUCUUCUCGACUCUGUUUAAGAAUGAAAAAUGUAGUCUGAAAAACCUGAUGUUUAAUUGCAUCAGUAUUACAGAAGAAGGUUGUGCGGCUCUGGCGUCAGCAUUUAAUUCAAACCCUUCAAACCUGAUAGAGCUGGAUCCGAGUGGAAAUAAACUCGGAAACUCUGGAGUGACUGAAAUCUCCAAUCUACUGGGAAACUCUCAGUGCACACUGCAGAUACUCAGACUUUUAGACUGCAGUAUCACUGAAGAUGGUUAUAAAGCUCUGGCUUCAGCUCUGAGAUCAAACCCUUCACACCUGAUAGAGCUGGAUCUCACAGGAAAUGAUCCUGGACAAUCAGGAGUAAAGGAGCUUGAUGAUUUACUACUGGAUCCAAACUGUCAGCUGAAGACACUGAGGUUGUUGGGUCCUGCUGCAGAUGAAGCCUGCCAAUAUGUGAUUAAAGUUCAGGGUGAAAACCCGUUACUCCUGAAAGAGCUGAAUCUGAGUUUACAUGAACUAGGAGACACACGAGUGAAUCAGAUCGCUGCUCUACUGCAGGAUAAACACUGUAAACUCAACGCACUGAUUCUGUGUGGAUGCCAUAUUACAGAGAAACAGUGUUUCAUCCUGACUUUAGCUCUGAAAUCAAACCCAUCACACCUGAGAGAACUGGACCUGAGUGGAAAUAAAAUAGAAAACAAAGGAGUGAAGCACUUAUGUGAUCUACUGAUUGAUUUCCGCUGUAAAAUGGAGAGACUGAGGUUAAGAGGCUGUGAUAUGACAGAUGAAGGAUGUUCUGCCCUGACUUCAGCUCUGAAAUCAAACCCAUCACACCUGAGAGAGCUGGACCUGAGUGAGAAUAAACUAGGAGACUCUGGAUUUGAAAACAUUAGCAAUCUACUGAUGAACACACAAUGCAAGCUGGAAAUACUAGCUCUGUGUAAAUGCAGUAUUACAGAGAAGCAGUGUGUCUUCCUGACUUCAGCUCUGAAAUCAAACCCAUCACACCUGAGGGAACUGGACCUCAGUGGAAAUGUACUUAAACACACAAGAGUGAAUAAAUUGUAUGAUAUACUGAAGGAUUCACGAUUUAAACUGGAAAGAUUGAGGUUAAGGUACUGUGCUAUAAAAGCUGAAGAUUGUUCAGCUCUGACUUCAGCUCUGAAAUCAAUGUCAUCACACCUGAGAGAGCUGGCCUUGAGUGGGAAUGAAAUAGGCCAGUUGGGAGCAACAAACCUCAGUGAUCUACUGAUGAACCCACAAUGCAAGCUGGAAAAACUAGAUUUGUGUAGAUGCAGUAUUACAGAGAAACAGUGUCUCAUCCUGACUUCAGCUCUGAAAUCAAACCCAAUACACCUGAGAGAGCUGAACAUCAGUGUGAAUCAACUAGGAGACUCUGGAGUUGAAAACCUUGGUGUUCUGUUGGGCAGUUCACAAUGCAAACUGGAAAAACUACACCUGGAGAAAGAACAUUUGCUCAGCUGGAGAGCUGGUGUGAACUACAUUGGUAGCUUUGGUGGGUGGUUAACAUCCUGGUCUAAAGCUCAGGAGGAUCCUGUGGAAUCAACAGAACAAGAAAAGGUCACCGUUAGAUGAGGAAUUCUCAGAAUAAAUCAAUAUGUGUGGUGGUAAUUUGGCCGAGAUAUUGCUAAACUGCAAUUAAGAAAUACAAAAAUGCCAAACUUACAGCUACUACAACUUCAAAUAACUGCUUAACAAAUCGAAAGUUUACUGGUGGAAAAGGCUCAGACCUUCAAAUGAAAUAAUGCAGUAUUAAUAGAAGCAUGCGAGUAAUGUUAUUUACUCUAGUAUUGUUAGUUUAGUAUUCAGUUUAAGGUCUACAUCAUAAUGAUGGUGGCUGGGUUUAUUUGAGAGAUGAAGAAGUGUAUCAGGACUGGAUCAAAUGCUUUGAUGAGCCUGUUGGUUAUCUAGGUGCUGCACCCUUAGACUUUCUGUCCCUCUUUCUGACUGCUGACUUCUGGAACCUCAUUACAAAUGAAACCAACAGAUAUGCUCAUCAGUUUCUAAACUCCCAACAGCUGAAACCCAAUUCCAGAUUUCCUGAAUAUUUCCUGAAUAUUAGUGAUGAACUGAUCAAAAAGUAGGCUACUGUUCACAUGCGUUUUACUACUAUAUAGUAUAGUAAUAU